GGGGUGACCCUGCAGCGCUCCAUCACGUUGCUUAACGGCGUGGCCAUCAUCGUGGGCACCAUCAUCGGAUCCGGCAUCUUCGUCACCCCUACCGGCGUGCUGCGGGAGGCCGGCUCGCCGGGGUUGUCGCUGGUGGUGUGGGCCGUCUGCGGGGCCUUCUCCAUCGUGGGUGCCCUCUGCUACGCUGAGCUGGGUACCACCAUCACCAAGUCCGGCGGGGACUAUGCCUACAUGCUGGAGGUGUACGGCUCCCUGCCCGCCUUCCUCAAGCUCUGGAUAGAGCUGCUCAUCAUCCGGCCUUCCUCGCAGUACAUCGUGGCUCUGGUCUUCGCCACCUACUUGCUCAAGCCCAUCUUCCCCACCUGCCCGGUGCCCAACGAGGCUGCCAAGCUGGUGGCCUGUCUCUGUGUCCUGCUCCUCACAGCAGUGAACUGUUACAGCGUGAAAGCUGCUACUCGUGUUCAGGAUGCCUUUGCUGCGGCAAAACUGCUGGCGCUGGCCCUGAUCAUCAUUCUUGGCUUCGUGCAGCUUGCAAAGGGUGA